UGGCCGCAGUUUGUUGCCUGUGCUCCCACCACGCACAGGGCUUAGCUAGAGCUAGCCCCACUAGCUCUGUUAGCUAGCGUCAUAGAAGGGAAAGUAAUCGUUAGCCACAAGCUAAUUUAGAGGCUGUAAUGUAACGUUAUAUCGCUGACACCGUGUUGGCAAGGUGACGCUAAACUAGAAACAACAAGUGUAGCUUUAUAGUAUUUCCGCUAGUUGUGAGUGAGUCGGUUUAUAGUUGUUGUCUGUUUGUAAGUGGCUAUUUAUCGUUAGUAAAUGAUUGUACAGUGUAGCUAGCUAGGAAGCUAGCUAACUUCGUAACAGUGUCUCCCAGGACUCAUUGCUGUGUGUGGUUAACGUUAACGUAAUAACGUUAAUACACUGCUACGGUAACCUUAUGGAACAGCUUAUCCGAAGUUACUACGUUAGCUUAAUAGCAAGAUUACUUCAGCGUAAACUAAAUACCAUAAUUUAGUUUGAACCGUUGACACAAGUUGUGGCAGAGUAACCGACAUUAGGUGUGAAGGCGAUCCGUCCGAAGCGUGUGCAAUGCCCGCAAAGAGGUCGUCUAAUCGGGACAAAAUUGGCUCAGGUCCCCUGCACUGCCCUGUCCUCGGUCUGAGCAGGAGGAGAAGAGGCUAACAUGGCAGCCAAAGCAGGAGACAACCCUGACAGCCUCAUGACCCUGGCAACCAUCUUCUGCCUGAGGAACCUGAGGAAGUCCAUGUGCUACCAGGGAUUCAGGAGCAAGCUUAGUCUGCGCUCGGACAUCUUCCUUCCCAGUGAAAUCUGCGACAAGCUGGUCAACACAUACAUGGAGUUGGUCCACACAGACAUUAACUUUGAACCAGAGGAGAGCUUCUUUCAGCUAUUUUCGGACCCUCGAAGCACCAGACUGAACAGAGUACAGCUGAGAGAAGACUUUGUACGUGACAGAGAUCUGGAGGCCAUUAAAAAACAGGACCCGAUUGAGCUGCACCUCACCUACUGCAAUAGUCUCUCGUCCCGCAGCUUGAAAACACUGACCUGCUUCCGGGAGACCUUGGUUUCUCUAUGUCUCUUCGGCUGCAGCCACAUCUUCUACAGGAAGGGCGGCGCCCCGCUCGCCUGUAACGAAGACACCGAGGAUGAGGAUGAGGAGAGCCCUGCUUCUAGGCAAGCACUCGAGACAGACUUUAACUUCGAGGGCUUCAACCGCCUCAGGUUGCUCAACUUAGGUGGCCUGCCUGACGAGGUGGAUGCUGAGAGCCUACUCAAACCCCUCAAGUCGCUCAUCUCACUUGAUCUGUCUAAUGUGCAAUUGCUGGGAACAGCCUUUCUCACCCAGUGGAAGGAUAGACUGGCAUCCCUUGUGCUCUACAACGUUGACCUGUCAGAGGAGUUGGUCAGUACAGUGGUGGAGCUCUCUAACCUCAGGCUGCUUGACAUCUCGCGGGAGAGCAGGAGGACCUCUAAGUUUAAGAUGAGCAGGAAAAUCCUGACGGCCAUCGUACAGCGUCUGGUCAACCUGGUGUCACUAGAUAUCUCCGGUCACAUUAUGCUGGACAACUGCACGGUUCCACACUUUGAAGAAGCUAUGGGUCGGCCAAGCAUUGAGCCUUGCAAGAGCAGCAUCUAUCCUUUCCAGGAGCUGAAAAGGCCGCUGCAGUUUCUGGGCUUGUACGACACCACCCUCUGUAAUGUGACUCAUAUCCCUGCUCAUAAGGUGACUGGAUCAAAGCAUGAAGACCAGGUCCUGAAUGCCAUCGAGGCUUACACAGAGUUUCGCCCUGAGCUAGCCCACAGAGCCAUCAAUCAGCUGUUCGACAUCGCCAGGAUACAGCACUGCAGCCAACUGCUCCGAGCUUUGCAACUUGUCAUAGCUGCAUUAAAGUGCCAUAAAUAUGAUAAGAGCAUCCAGGUGACGGGCAGCGCUGCUCUGUUCUACCUGACCAACAACGAGUACCGCAGUGACCAGAGUGUGCGGUUGCGCAGAGAGGUCAUUCUGGUGCUCCUAAAUGGAAUGGAGCAGUACCAGGAGGUCACCGUCCAGAGGAACUGCUGCUUGACUCUGUGUAACUUCAGUAUUCCAGAGGAGGUGGAGUUCCAGUACAGUCGGGUCAACCAGCUGCUAAUGAAAAUCCUGGAACCAGCCCGGCAGGAUGAGUCCAUCCAGAGAAUCGCUGUGCACCUCUGCAAUGCUUUGGUCUGUCAGGUGGCCAACCAUCAAAAGGAGGCGGUGGGGAAAAUGGGCUUUGUCAAGAGAAUGUUGAAUUUAAUUCAGAAGAAGUUACAGGACAGAAGGUGUGACCAGGUGAUGGAGUUUGCCUGGAGCGCACUGUGGAACAUCACUGAUGAGACACCUGACAACUGUCAGAUGUUUCUGAACUGUCGGGGCAUGAGUCUUUUUCUGGAGUGUCUACAGGAGUUUCCAGACAAGCAGGAGCUUCACCGCAACAUGUUGGGGCUGUUAGGAAACGUUGCAGAGGUGAGAGCUCUGAGGCCACAGCUGCUCACCCCCCAGUUCAUCUCUGUGUUCAGUAACCUGCUGGACAGUAAGGCUGACGGGAUCGAGGUGUCUUACAACGCAUGUGGGGUGCUCUCACACAUCAUGUUUGAUGGGCCAGAGGUUUGGUCCAUGGAAGAGCCGCUAAGAAACACUGUGAUGGACAAGAUGUGGGACGCCAUUCAGACCUGGGACGUCACCUCACGGCGCAACAUCAACUACAGGUCAUUCGAGCCUAUCCUGCGGCUGCUGCCUCAGAGCAUCGCUCCCGUCAGUCAGCACUGGGCCACGUGGGCGCUCUUCAACCUGGUGUCAGUUUACCCAAGCAAGUAUUGUCCUCUUCUGAUAAAGGAAGGAGGAGUAAUUCUUCUAGAGAAAGUUCUGGAGUUGGAAAGCUCAAAGCCAGAGACAAAGGACAUGGCCAGCAAAGUGAUGGAACAGUGUGAAAACUUCAAAGAAGACCCCAUGGAAACCAGUAAUGGACAGGAGGUAAACCUUGGACGACGAGGUUGACAUCAUAGGAACCAUUACUCCCAUCAAACAUUCAACAAACCGACCUAAGGCGCCAUACACUGUCAUCACCAUCACAAUGGGCAAUCGUGUGCAUUAUUCUUAUCAUUGUCAUUUUUGUAGAGCAGAAAUUUGUCUCUGACCCUUUUCACAGCCGUUCAAACACACACAGUGUGAGUGACAGAUGCCGUCAGAGGGCUCAUUCACUGGGCUGUUGACACAGUGAAUAUAGGACUUUAUGUGUGUAGGCUAUGGAAGCAUCACACGGAUGUUGACAGGAGGGAGUUCUUCCCCUACUGGCACAAUGAUUUGUUUUUGUUAUAUAUGUAAAUAUUCUCAGUUUGUCUCUUCCUUUUACUGUGUGUAUGUUUUAUAAUAUAACUGUAAACACUCA